CCUUGGAAGUUGGAAAGAACUCGAUCUCCCAGGAAGCUUUACGCUAACCUUCUGUCGCUGAGCAUGCGCACUUCACCUGAGUGAGGGGUGUGCAGUGCCCGUUCCCGAGAGCGGGUCCGUGUGCUGCGUUGAUGGGGGUCGGCCGAUGUCUCCGGCUCCGCUUGGUAGCGGGCCUUGGAGGAACUGCUUCGCUCUUGCUGUUAAUCGCUCUGUAUAGGGUAGGGCCUGAGUUGCAGGUAUUGAACCAAUUGACUUUCUAUGCUGUCUGGAGAAUAGAGAAACCACUGUACAAGCUUGAUGUAAAUUGGCCUAAAUUUCCAGAACAAAUAACUGAUCAAACAUUUUGUGUGGCUGUUGAUGACAUCCAUGGAUUAGUUUAUGUGGGACAGAGAGGUGAUGAUAAUGUGCCAAAGGUCAUGGUGUAUGGCGAGGAUGGCUAUUUCUUACAAGCAUGGAAUAUUACUACCAUUGAAAUGCCCCAUGGCAUCUUUGCAUUGAACAUACCCAGUAUGAGUUCAGUGUGGAUCACAGAUGUUGGAACUGGCAAGUAUGGACACACAGUUAAACAGUACAGCCCUGCAGGCCAGCUUCUGCGAAUCAUAGGUACUCCAGGUAAAGCAGGAUCUGGUACAAACCCCCUGCAGUUUGACCAGCCAGCAGACCUUUUUGUUGAGCCUAUGGGAGACAUCUAUAUUGUGGAUGGAGAUGGAGGGCUGAACAACCGCCUAAUCAAAUUGACGCCAGAUUUAAAGACUUUAUGGCUACGUGGUGAAAAUGGUUCUGCCCCUACGCAGUUUAGGAUUCCACACAGCGUAACAGUGGAUUCUGUUGGACGGGUCUGGGUUGCAGACAGAGCCAACUGGAGAAUCCAGGCUUUUGACAAAACAACAGGGGAGUGGUUGGGCACAUGGCGUAGCUGCUUCACAGAAGAUGGCCCUUCUUCUGUCAGGUUAACUCCAGAUGAGAAGUAUAUGAUCGUAGCACAAAUAAAUAUCAGCCGAGUGUUAAUUUUAGCUGCCCCCCCAGUAGGGGCAAUUGGGGACUGUGUUGUGGUGGACACAAUUCAACUUGCCGAUGAAGUCAAACCCCACCUUCUGGAUGUCAGCAUGAAAACUGGAGCAAUAUAUGUGGCAGAGAUUGGGGCCCAGCAAGUCCAGAAGUUUGUGCCUUUAGACUAGCGGUCUUUCAUACUGUGCACCUUCUGGAAAUCUUCUUCUUAUUGCCAGAUUGCUGUUGACUGUGUAACACAGAAAUUAACUUUCUGAACUUGGAGCGCACAUUAGUUUCACUUUCUGUGCAUAUCUCAGGGACUUAAUUUUUGGCAAUUGUUUGUUUCAUUUUAACUGUGUUUAAUUAUAUCAGCAUUGUUUACUCUGACAUGGUUUUCCAUCCCGAUGACUCCACUUCCCCCAAGGAAUACUUGACUAGUUCAUCUCCAUGAGCCAUUUUAUUUUGCCACUUCAUGUUAUCAGAAUUUUGUGCAUGUAUAUAGCUGCUUUUGGCCCAGUUAAGAAGCCUCACUGCUUCACUCCUAUGAAUGGCAAAAACGGACCAGUCUGGUCUGUAUGUAAAGGCAGCAGGAACAACUGUGCUACAGACCUCCUGGCUCUGAUUUUCUCUUGGAACAUCUAUUCUAUUAGAGCACUUAUGAUCUUCUGACAUGGCCCUGCCCCAGGAAGGCCAGCCCAGCUUCCUCAAAAAGCAGGACCUUCUUAGUGGCGGCCUCACUGCUUUGAAACUUUCUUCUCAAGCACAUCAGCCCUUCCCCUGCUGACCUUUUGAGUCUGGUUAAAAUCGGAUCAGGUAUUUUCUAUUAUAUUUUUGUAUGUUUAUAUACCACUGUAUAUGAAUAAUAGUAUUAUUUUAAAAUGUCUGUCUGUCAGGACUAGUCAGCCUCUUGAGAGUUUAGAGAAUGACCAAGAAAUUCAGGUUCACAUUCCACCAAAAGCAAGCUCUCAUGCUGCAACUAUCACAAAUUUGUGGUAGGGAUCUUGUUUGCCACUAUGCAUUUCUGUUCAUUACAUUGUGCUGCUGCGUUACAGAAUCUUAAUUAUUUUUCCUCUAGUUCCAUGGAAUUUUUAUUAUUAAUAAUUUUAAUAAUAUAAUUAUUAUUGCAGCACUAGACACAAUUUGUUUUUUAGAAAUAAUUCUUAUUGCUUUCUUAAAAGAAACAGAAUACAGAAAAGAGAAAAAUGGAAAAGAGAAAUAAGAAUGCCAAGGGAUUUUACACAAAUAUAACAUAUAUAUUCAUAACCUAGCAGAUUCCGCAAAAUUCCUAUCUUUCUGUCAAUCAGUACUUUGUUGAAGCUUGUAAAAAGAUAAUUAUAGUGCUUUAAACCAAUAAAUUUUCCAAUCACUUUGA